CCCUGCUCUCUCCGUUCCCGCGCCGGCACACGCCUCUGGCCCCGCUGGGUCGGCGAAUAUUUGUCGAGACGGCGAUGAAGCAGAUGGAGCAGCAGGACAGCAGCGACAGAGCGACCUUGUUCUUGAAGAAGCGUUUAGAGCAGGAGCAGGGCUUGAUGGCGAUCUGCACGAGGGCAGACGAGAACGGCAACGGCUACAUCAGCGAGGAAGAGUUCAGGCGGGCCAUGCAAGAGGGCCAAAUGACAGCCUACCUGGACACCUUGGGCUUCCAGCACCAGGACAUACUGGACUUCUUCCACGUCCUCGCGAGCACCUCCGACGACAAGCAUGUUGACGUCGACGUCUUCGUGAGGGGGUGCAUCCAGCUGGCGGGCGGGGCGACGCGAUUCGACAUGAAGACCAUGAUAAUCGAGAUCCAGGAGCUGCGGGGCGAGAUGGCCGCGAUGCUGCGCGCCCGCCGCGCACAGGCCGAGCCCCCGCAGGCCGACGCGCCGGCCGAGGAGCCGCGGGCGCGCACGCCGCCAGGCACGCCGCGCCGGCGCACGCCGCCGAACAGCGCUCGCGUGCUGGAGGCCCCGGGGCCUCGCCCCCC